CACAGAAUGUGAAUGUGAGUGGGCGUAUGCUUCGAUGUGUGCCAGCCUUAAUUGUCACCACGGCCCUCCGCUAUCCAACAAUGUGCCCAGCCAAGCGCUGCCAAUGACCAGCCCUGCUAUUCUCUCUGUCUCUCUCUCUCUGUCUCUCUCUCUCUCUCUCUCUCUCUCUCUCUCUCUCUCUCUCUCUCUCUCUCUCUGGGGACCUCACCUCUGAUGGGAACGGUCAGGAAUCCCCACAGCUCUGUUUGUCACUCUAUAGCUACGACACUACAAUACGAUGCCAAGAGGUGCUAUGCAUUUUUAAUACGCUUCACCACUACAGCACAUAAGGUUCGUAGUUUAUGCACUGAAAUGUACACGGUAAGCAAUCGCUUCCUCAGCAUAUGCAGCCUAUAUGUGGGAAAGCUGGGGGGGAAAAAUGGCUUCUUAUGGUCUUUCAAGUCCAAGGGUGGACCGUUUAACCCGCACACAUUCACACACUGGCUUCUCUUUUCUUCCUCUUUUUUUUCUUUUUCUGCUUGGCUGUGUUUUCCACUGGCGGUAACACAAGCGCUUUAAUCUGAGCCCGUGAAGCAACAUCUAAUCUCUCAUUUUCCUAAGCGGACAUGCCUGCCUUUGUGGCGCUCCAACAAAACCUCCCGUAUUGAGUUCAGGGCCGGCUGUUUGCUCUCCUGUCCUGCCGGCCCCGGCUCCCGUUGCGUGGAAAAGGGGACAAUGAGGUCAUUUUCCACGACUCUUGUCCUCUCUCACACACACACUCACACACGGAUACCCACACAGAAAUCCACAUACACACAGGCGUGCAUACAAACACACAAACUCAUGCAUACACACACAUAGACUCACACACCAUACAAAAUACACCACACAUAUAAAGUAUAUAUAUACACACACACACACACACACACACACAUACACACACAGGCACGCUAAUGCCUGCAUGUGUGCCCGGAGUUGUGACGGUGCUUUGGUGUUGCAGUGAAGUGUGACAUCCCGCGGCGCAGGUAAACAUGGAGCUUUGAGAGACUGGGCCACAUGAUGUCACCUGGUUAUGCAACAGGUGUGUGUGUGAGGCCAACAAAUGACUGAUGCGAACACACAAACACUCAAGCACACAGGCAUCAAGAUGGACACAGAUGGAAGAAGAGAUUGAGAAAUGGACACAAAUGAAGAGAAAUACAGGCAGGGAGACGGGCAUGCUUACUCAAAAAGUGAGGAAAACCGUGAGUCAAAAAAUUCUACAGACAAACAGAAAAAGACAAACUAACAGAAAGAUAGACACGCACAAACAGAGAUGCAGAGAAACAGAGUGGCCUUUUUCUCUCUGUGGCUAGCUGCCACUCUGCUAGUCUUUCAACUACAGCGGGGGUCAUAUUUCAGCCGAAAGCAGGUCAUUUUAGGUCGCAGGUGAGGCGUCUCUCUCUCUCGCUCUCUCUCACUCGGGCUGGCAGGCAGGCAGGCAGGCAGGCAAGCAGCGCUGCUAAUGGAGGAGACUCUGAUGGGCCUGGUUGCUGGUCAGGGGUACAGAGGGGCGCUUGACAAGGGUGAGGAGGGCCCCCCCAGUCUGGAGUACAUUCAGGCCAAGGACCUGUUCCCCCAGAAGGACCUGGUGAAGGAGGAGGAUAGCCUCCAGGUUCCCUUCCCAGUCCUUCAGGGGGAGGCAGUGGAGUUUCUGGGCCGCGCUGAUGACGCCAUCAUCGCCAUGUCCAACUACAGACUCCACAUCAAGUUCAAAGACUCUAUUAUCAAUACAUACCCUGGUGUGGACAAUGAGAUCUCUGUGCCUCUGCGGCUGAUCGAGAGUGUGGAGAGUAGGGACAUGUUCCAGCUCCACAUCAUCUGCAAAGACUCCAAAGUUGUCAGGUGUCACUUCUCCACCUUCAAGCAGUGCCAGGAGUGGCUGAAGCGCCUGAACCGUGCCAUAGCCCAUCCAUCGCGGCUGGAGGACCUGUUUGCAUUGGCCUACCAUGCCUGGUGCCUGGGGGGCAGUGCCGACGACGAGGACCAGCAUCUGCACCUGUGCCGCCCAGGAGAGCAUGUUCUGCAGAGGCUGGAGGUGGAGGUGAACAGGAUGGGCUUCGACAUGCAGAACGCCUGGAGGAUAUCGGACAUCAACAGCAACUACAAGCUGUGUUCCAGUUAUCCCCAGAAGUUGCUGGUGCCAGUGUGGAUCACAGAUAAGGAGCUGGAGAGUGUAGCCUCCUUUAGGUCCUGGAAGAGGAUCCCUGUGGUGGCCUACAGGCACCAGAGGAACGGUGCUGUGAUCGCCCGCUGCAGCCAGCCGGAGAUCAGCUGGUGGGGCUGGAGGAACACGGAUGAUGAGUACUUGGUCACCUCCAUAGCCAAGGCCUGCAUGCUGGACCGUGGCACCCGGGGGCCCGGGGCCCUCACCGGCAAGGCACGUGGAGACGGCCCCGACAGCUCCGACAGUGACUUUGACUCCUCUUUGACAGGGUGCCCGGUUCCCGAUGCCAGCGUUGCACCACAGAAGCUGUUGAUCCUGGAUGCCCGCUCCUACACGGCUGCAGUGGCCAAUCGUGCCAAGGGGGGCGGCUGCGAGUGUGAAGAGUACUACCCCAACUGCGAGGUGAUGUUCAUGGGCAUGGCAAACAUCCACUCCAUCAGGAACUCAUUCCAGGCUCUGAGGGUCGUGUGCAGCCAGAUCCCCGACCCCGGCAACUGGCUGUCUGCGCUGGAGAGCACCCGUUGGCUGCAGCACCUGUCCGUCAUGCUGAAGGCGGCCACUCUGGUGUGCUCGGCGGUGGAGAGGGAGGGGCGCCCGGUGCUGGUCCACUGCUCUGACGGCUGGGACCGCACGCCCCAGAUAGUGGCCCUGGCCAAGAUCCUCCUGGACCCCUUCUACAGGACCAUGGAGGGUUUCCAGGUGCUGGUGGAGACAGACUGGCUGGACUUUGGGCACAAGUUUGGCGACCGCUGCGGGCACCAGGAGAACGCGGACGACGUGAGCGAGCAGUGCCCCGUCUUCCUGCAGUGGCUCGACUGCGUACACCAGCUGCUCAAGCAGUUCCCCUGCCUCUUUGAGUUCAACGAGGCCUUCCUGGUGAAACUAGUGCAGCACACCUACUCGUGUCUGUACGGCACCUUCCUGUGCAACAACGCGCGGGAGAGAGAGGCCCGCAACGUCUACAAGCGCACCUGCUCCGCCUGGUCACUGCUCCGCACCGGCAACAAGAACUUCCAGAACUUUCUCUACAUACCCAGCCAUGAUAUGGUUUUGCAGCCGGUGUGUCACACGCGAGCCCUGCAGCUGUGGACGGCUGUCUACCUCCCCACCUCGUCCCCCUGCACCGCCGCCGAGGACGCCAUAGACAUCUACAUGUCACCAUGCAGCACAGGAGACGAGCUCACCUCACGCUCCCUAGACAGACUUCCAAAGACGCGCUCCAUGGACAACCUCCUGUCAGCGUGCGAGAACGGCGUGGCCCUGACGCGCACCUCCAGCGACCCCAACAUUAACCAGCACUGUCCCCAGGAGGGGAGCUCCCCAGCGGGCCGCUCCCCCCUGGACACGGCUGCCACCGCCACCCCCACUGACGACAGCCUGGAGGACAACACGCCCGACACGGGACUGGGCAGCGAGGACCCCGAUGUGGAGACCUGCGAGGAGACGCCGCCCCAGACGCCUCUGGGUCCUGGCCACGGCUUCCCCCACCACCGUUACAGUCACCACCACCAUCAUAAUCAUCAUCCCUCGCUUCCUGUGGAUGGGAGAGAGAAGGAGAAAGCAGAAGAGGAGGAUGAGGAGGAGUGUUUGACCACCCAGCCUCUGCCCUGCCUGCCCCACCCACUCUCUCUGGGCCACCAAGAGCUCCCUCUGCCCACGCCGGUGCUCCACCAAGCCUUGCCCAGCAGUGCCACCCCCCCUCUACCGCCCCUGCCACCCCUGGCUGACGGAGAGGAGCAGGGACACCAUGACCAGGAGGAGGUGGAGGAGCUAGAAGAGGAGGAGGAACAUCCACCUAAGACUCCUCAGGCUACUGCCGAUUGUGGUCCUCCUGAUGUUCCUGCUGAUGCUGCUGGAGAGACCUGCUCUGCUCCUCCUCCUCCUCCUCCUCCUCCUCCUCUUCCUGAGCUGAACGGCUUCCACCGCCUCCACACGGAUGCAGAGGGCCAGCAGGAGAGAUGUGAGGAGAAGGAGGCCCUGGCUUUGGAAGACUGCACCAGCGAAGCCGCCAGGUUCUUAGCCAUGAAGAGGCCCACCCUGAUGGAGGACUCCACCGAGACCCUGACCGAGCAGAACGGCAUCCCCCCACAACAACGUCCGCUGCUCCGCAGGGCCGGCUCAGGCGAGGCCCAGGCUUCGUCUCCGGCCCAGCCACAUCCACAGGCCCAGACCCAAGACCAGGCCCAACCUCAAUCACAGCCACAGGCUGGCUAUAAAGAUGAGGGCAGAAGGACUCAGGGUGCUGUGUGUAAGGGUGGGGAGCUGGUGCCUGUGAUGCGAGAGAGGGAUCGUGAGCGUGACAGGGAGCGUGAGCGUGACAGGGAGCGCGGCGGGGUGCCCGAGUGUGCCCGUGCCGCCCGGCGCCUGGUGUCGCAGAGCCAGCUGAGCGACUUCACGCUGCUGGGCUCCCCGUGGGGCAGCACGAUGCAGGGCCUUGUGCAGUCGGCCUGCGGCGGGGGGGUGCAGUCGGCCCUCCAGCAGGGAGGGUACCAGAGCCGGCGCCUGGCCAGCAAGCUGCUGCGUGCCCACGGAGCCAACGGGGCCUCGGCCACCGCUACCGCCAACGGCCACUGCUGUCGUCGAGACCGCGACAGAGAUCGUGAUCGGUCAUCUAAUGGUGCUGCUGCUGCUGCUGGUUCGUCGUCCUGGCUGUCAGCAGUGAAGAACAGCAGCUACGCCGCGCUGUGCGCCUCCACCAGCUCCUCAGCACCGUACAUGCGCCAGCUCCUGGCCGCCGCGCAGUCCUCCCCGUCGGGUAGCGCCUCUCCGCCCCCUCCGCUCAACUCGGCGGCAGCGCUGGCCAUGGCCUCUGCCAAUCAGCAGAGCCAGACGCCGGCCUACCUGGAUGACGACGGGCUGCCGGUGGCGCUGGACGCGGUGCAGCAGCGCCUGCGGCAGAUCGAGGCCACCUACAAGCAGGAGGUGGAGGUGCUGCGGCGGCAGGUGCGGCAGCUGCAGAUGAGGCUGGAGAGCCGGCAGCACUGCACGCCGCCCUCCGAGCCAGACCUCGACUACGAGGACGACAUUACGUGCCUGAGGGAGUCUGACGACAGUGCGGAGGAGGACUCUCUGUCGGACCACAGUGAGGACCGCUUCAGUGAGGGCAGCUGGGACCGCAUCGAGCGCAAGGACACAGAGGUCAGCCGCGCGCCUCGUAGCCUGCUCCAGGUGACACGGUGGGUUCCAGACCAUAUGGCCUCUCACUGCUUUAACUGUGACUGUGAGUUCUGGAUUGCCAAGAGACGCCACCACUGCAGGAACUGUGGGAACGUGUUCUGUAAGGACUGCUGCCAUCUGAAGCUGCCCAUCCCGGAGCAGCAGCUGUACGACCCGGUGCUGGUGUGCAACAGCUGCCACGACCUGCUACUGGAGUCCCGCACGCGGGAGAUGCGCAGCCAGCAGCUCAAGAAGCCCAUCGCCACCGCCUCCAGCUGAGCAGCCUAGCCUCCACACCAGCAGCCAGCAGUCUGCUAGCUUUACCUUCCUUCUUACCUACCUGUCUGUCUCCCUCUCUACUCUCUCUGUCCUCUCGCUAUCCUCUUAUUCGUCUAACCCCUGCCCUGCUCAGCUCUGGGUCUGUAGCUGUCUUGCCGUUUGGCCUGGCCUGGAAUGGCCUGGAUCAGAUCAGAUCAGAUCGGCUCGGUUCAGCUCGGCUUGGCUCAGGUCAGCUCCGCUCAGCAUUUGGUUGGUUGGUCCUCUUGACGUGCUCAGAGGUGCGCUAUA